CGCCGCCGGGCUGCUCGCACCUGAGCAGCUUCAAGGUGGACAACUGGAAGCAGAACCUGCGGGCCAUCUAUCAGUGCUUCGUGUGGAGCGGCACGGCCGAGGCCCGCAAGCGCAAGCCGUGGAUCUCAUGUACGGAGGCAUAUACUGCUUCCUGUGCCAGGACUACAUCUACGACAGAGACAUGGAGCUCAUCGCCAAGGAGGAGCAGCGGAGAGCCUGGAAAGUGCAAGGUGUGGGGGAGAAGUUUUCUACCUGGGAACCAACCAAACGGGAGCUCGAACUGCUGAAGCACAACCCCAAAAGGAGGAAGAUCACCUCAAACUGCACCAUAGGCCUGCGUGGGCUCAUCAACCUGGGGAACACCUGCUUCAUGAACUGCAUCGUGCAGGCCCUGACACACACACCGCUCCUGCGUGACUUCUUCCUGUCCGACCGGCAUCGCUGUGAGAUGCAGAGCCCCAGCUCCUGCCUGGUGUGUGAGAUGUCCUCGCUCUUCCAGGAGUUCUACUCGGGGCACCGGUCCCCCCACAUCCCGUACAAGCUGCUGCACCUGGUGUGGACUCACGCGCGGCACCUGGCGGGCUACGAACAGCAGGACGCCCACGAGUUCCUCAUCGCGGCCCUGGAUGUGCUGCACCGACACUGCAAAGGUGAUGACAACGGGAAGAAGGCGAACAACCCCAACCACUGCAACUGCAUCAUCGACCAGAUCUUCACGGGCGGGCUGCAGUCUGACGUCACCUGCCAAGUGUGCCACGGCGUCUCCACUACGAUAGACCCCUUCUGGGACAUCAGCCUGGACCUGCCUGGCUCGUCCACCCCGUUCUGGCCUCUGAGCCCAGGGAGCGAGGGCAGCGUGGUGAACGGGGAGAGCCACGUGGCGGGGACCACCACACUCACGGACUGCUUGCGGAGGUUUACCAGGCCGGAGCACUUGGGGAGCAGCGCCAAGAUCAAGUGCAGCGGCUGGGCCAGCUACCAGGAGUCCACCAAGCAGCUCACCAUGAAGAAGCUGCCCAUCGUGGCCUGCUUCCACCUCAAACGGUUCGAGCACUCGGCCAAGCUGCGGCGGAAGAUCACCACGUACGUGUCCUUCCCCCUGGAGCUGGACAUGACCCCCUUCAUGGCCUCCAGCAAAGAGAGCAGGAUGAAUGGACAGUACCAGCAGCCCACGGACAGUCUCAACAGCGAUAACAAGUACUCCUUGUUUGCGGUCGUGAACCAUCAGGGGACUCUGGAGAGCGGCCACUACACCAGCUUCAUCCGGCAGCACAAAGACCAGUGGUUCAAGUGCGACGAUGCCAUCAUCACCAAGGCCAGCAUCAAGGACGUGCUGGACAGCGAAGGGUACUUGCUGUUCUAUCACAAGCAAUUCCUGGAGUACGAGUAGUCUCAACCCUGGCAGCGGCGAGUUGGCAAGCCUCACGAGAUGACCCCUGGACUCAACCGCCCCACCCCUGGCUCGCUGUGGGCUCUGCACCGGGAGGCUGUGGCGCCCAUGGCCCAGGGCCUCAGACGCACACGCCCACAGCACAGCAGGCGGGAGGGGGCUCUGGAACAUGACCAGGGGUUGUGUUCUGUGCACAGAGGACAGCGAGGUCCAUCACCACAUCUCCUGCGCGUUUUGGAAAGGCGUGGGGGCUGGGGCGUGGGACGUCCCCUGCUCCGGUCACCCUUUCCACGGCUCUGACAGAGGCGCCCACCUGUUCCUAAGCGGUGGGUCUCUUGAGACAGUAAGGUCGAGGUAGCUGCCAAGGACAGAGCACGGGCGUGCGUGCUCUCGCUCUCUGUCCCUUAGCACUCGGUGCGUGGAGCGCAGCCCCUGGCCUCCCUCCCGCAGCAGCCUGCAGGCAGAGCUGAGGGUCCCAGCUCCAGCCGCGUGCAGAAGCACCGGCCAGAUGGCUUCUCUUGGUUUUCUAGAAGUAGGCCUUUUCUUACCCCUCCCCUGUUCUCUUUUUCCACAGUGGUGAAUUUCAUAAGUGUGUAACGGUAAAAGUGAGCGAAUUACUGACUUUAUACUGAAAUUUAGGUAGUUUCUCUUUUAUUCUCAAGUGAAUCUUGCUUUUUGAUUGGUGCUGUUUUCACUGUGUCCCCACUGCAUGCUGCCCAGCCUCCUCUGGAAGCCCCUGAUGGAGAGCAGCAGGGAGACCCAGAGGGGGACAGGCGGCCACUGCUGGCUGUCACUCUGCUGCUGUAGAACAGAGCAUUGCUCAGUGGUUUUGUUCAUCCCCUGCCUCCUAUUUUCCUCUGGGUCUCCUGUCCCCAUUGCCUGUGCGCCGCUGCCUGGCAGUGAGUGGGCAGCGUCUGGGCGUCUGCUUCUCCAAGGCACAGCUCCAGGGUGGCAGGAGUGGUUUGUGACUGGGCCUGCUGGCGGCGCGGAUGGAGGCAGUGGGACGGCAUUGUUCCCUGUAAGAUAUUUUGCAUGUAUCUGCUCAGUCUCACUCAGAACCGAGGACUGGGGGAGGAGACGGCGUUCAGUACGCUUAGUGAGCAGGCCCUUGGUGCCUGGCCGGAGCUGUCUGUGCCUGGGCCGCAGGGCCUUCGUUUCCGGGUCGGCAGUGUUCUCACAGAGCCAGGGAGUGAAAGAGUGGCUCUGGGCUGCGUGGUCUUCUCUGCAGGAGGCACAGGCAGGUGUGGCCAGGCCCCAGCACCGCCUUACUCGUGGGUGCUGGUGCUCGAAUUGUGUGUGAUAGUCACGUUGAGAAUUCCUGACUGUUUUCUAAAGCUUAUGUAAAACUGUGAACGCUGUUCUGUGGACAGGCCACGUGAGCACAGGCGGGACCAGCGCCAGGAGAAAACCUAACGGGCACUGGCGUGUGAUGGAAGCCUGAGCGGUAACGGCUCGCCUGCUUCCUUUCCUGUUGUUAUUUCUGCAUUUAAAGAAUGCAAGUUGAAGCAUGCCUUAAAAUAGCAAGCAUCUUCAGAGAAGGCAGCUGGACUCAGUUUUUGGAAAUGCCCCCGGGUGGCCACUCUGAUUCUGCUGUGAAGACCUGUUUAGGGGAGAGGCGUCGUCCUUUAAUCAGGAACAGAUAUGACUGAAAGGGAAGCCGACUGCAGUGGCCCGUGGGAGCUGAGCCGCGCAGUCCUUCCUGGCUUCCUUCCUGUCUCUGCUUGUGUGCUGGGGCAAUAGCCACCCCUAGAACAGGACUCGAGGGCCAGCCCCACCUUUGCUGUCUGAAGCUCUUAUUUUACACGUUGUUCCAAAAUUCCCUUCAACUGCGGUUGGUGCUCAGAGUGCCCACCUCGGUCCUGCCGAGGGUCCCCACGCAGUGCUGGAGAACCUCCCCGAGGCAGGGGCUGCCCUGGCUGUUGCCCUCUGUACCUGUGUCGCUAAGAGUCUGUCCACACCUGAUGUGGCCACGUGGAUUCACUUUGUUAGGAGCAGAGUAUCCCCUGGCGGGUUUGGGAGUCUCUUGGCCCUGGUGCUGGUAACCAGCAUGUGGGUGUUCAGAAGGUCACACGUCCAUCAUACCACUGAGGGACUCACGGGGCAGCCCCCAACACAUUCCUGCCAGGACAGUCACUGUUGCUCGUGUCUCUGGGACAUUGGUUGUCCUUCCAGCCCUGCACCGAGACGUGGGCGCACCCUCUUAGACGUCUGGAGAGCGUGUCUUGAGCUGUGGGACACACUGAGGCCUGGAGUGCCCGCCAUUGCGUGGACACCUCUCUGUGCCCUGCAGGCCUGGGGCCUGGCUGCAGGGCUGGGCCUGGCUGUCGUCCCCAUAGGCACCGUCCGAGCCCCAGACACCCCGUGCCGCUGCACCUCACCAUAGCCAGCUGCCGUCCAGCUCGACGUGCGUGCUCCUCAUGGUGUGCAUUGCUGUUCUUCUGGCAGUCCAGUGACUUUUGUUUACUCUAACUUCGAGAAAACAGUGUAAGAAAGUAAUUCCAAUGAUUGUGCUGUGUUGGAGGUUUCAUUCCCACGAUGUUCACACCUUCCUCUCCCCGUGGUCCGGGAGCCGGUCGGCCGGCCCUCCUCCCCAGUGGCUUGUAGUUGCCUUUUCUGUGUCAUAAUAAAGCUGCGUUGUAUUCGAAAACA